GUGACAAUUACCGGUAUGUCAUAGAUAGAACUUCUAGCUCUAUGGCCCAGCCAGUUUUGAGAAGUAACUUCAGUGUUCAUGACAUACAAUGCAAGCACGGCUUCGCUCCAUUUUUCGUCUGUCACCAGUUGAACCAUCACCUCGUUGGAGUCAAUUCUCUGCUGCUGACGGACGCCAUUACAUGUGGAGGGGGGAUGGUCCAGGACUGGGGUCUAACAUCAUUGUUGUGUAUGAUCCAAGCACUGAGCUGUGGAGCUUCUUGCCCACCACUGGACCUCUACCCCCUGGAGAGUAUGAUGGUUGCUCUGUUUGUGUAGGUCGUUGCCUGUACACCUUUGGUGGUUAUGAUGGGUCUUCUUACUUCAAUGACAUGAGCAAGCUUGAUCUGGACACUCUCCAGUGGACGAAAGUUCAAACCUCUGGUAGUCAGCCUAUGAAAAAGAGUGGUUGUGGACUUGUCCGUGUGAAUGAGAGAACUCUGUGCUGCUUUGGAGGAGUCGGUAUUGAGGGCCCCACACAACCAGGGUCAACAUUCACCAAGACUGGAUGGCCUGAUGGAAGUGGACGGACAAACGAGUUCCAUUUAUUUAAUAUUCAAAAUGGUGUCUGGUCGUCCCCUGAGCUCAGAGGAGAGAGACCUCCUCCCUGUUCCCACUUCACCUUCACCAUGGUGGACCAGCACAGGGCAGUCUUCUUUGGAGGGUGGCAACCUGAUCGUGAUGUUGUAGUCAAUGAUGUCUACCUGUUCAAUUUCAGGACAAUGGAGGUCACUAAGGUGAAGCCAGUACAGGGAGAGCCAUGGCCAGUGAGGAGGUCACGCCAUGCUGCCUGUUGUCUCAACUAUGGCCAGGACCACCCUCAACUACUGGUACAUGGAGGAAGAGAUAAUGACACCAAGACACUGGGGGACAUGUGGAUACUGGAUGUUGACACUGCCAAGUGGACGGAGGUGACACUUUCUGAGUCAAUGACACCACGUUACUUCCACUCCAUCACUGCCACCAGUCUGGGACCAGGACUCACUGAGGUCCUCGUGUUUGGAAGUAUUUCGAAGUAUUAUAAAAAUGUUGCUGAGACCACCAUACUGAGAUUUGAGUUGACUGGACCCUCAGCGUCUGUUGCUGGACCCUCGGCUGGGAAGUGGGCUCUCGUGGAUGUGGCCCACAACGACACUAGAGGCUCCGCCCAGCGACUGAGUGAGAAGAAAGAACAUCGCUUCCGACUACAGUUGCAAGAGAAGGAUCGAGAAUUGGCUACACAAGCUAAAGAAUUGACCGAGGCCAACCGUCGUCAUGGAGAUGCGGAGGAAAGAGCACAGCUGGCAGAGCAAAGAGAGCAAGCUACACAAUUACUUUUACAAGUGAAAGAUCGAGAAUUGGCUAAGGCCAACAGAAGAGAAGCUGACCUGUCUGCUCGAAUCACAGCUCUAGAGAGGGAGUUAGAAGGCAAGACGAAAGAGUUGGCAGCACACAACACAGAGGUGUGGAGGAUUCCGGCCAACAGAGUGAAAAUGAUAAAAAGGAUUGGCAUUGAAGGGUGGGGGGAGGUGCUGGAGGGAACAAUGAGCGUAGCCGUUAAGCAACUCUUUGCUCCCAUUGUCAACCCACUCAAUCUGGAGAGCCUCCAGAGAGAAAUGAUGCUCUUGGUUGAAGUACGACACCCCAACCUGGUGCAGUUCAUUGGGGCAGUGUUUGAUCAGUCCCCUCCUCUCAUCAUCACCGAGCUUCUGGACAUGAAUCUUCGACAAGCGUACGACACGAAUCAACUGGACCCAGGAAACCGCCACUCGAUCUUCAUGGACAUUGCCCUAGCUCUGGACUACCUGCACCAGCGCUACAAUCCCAUCAUCCACCGUGAUGUGAGUGCUCCUAACGUCCUCCUCCAGCGAAUGCCCAACCACCAGUGGAAGGGGAAGGCCUCUGACCUCGGCUCAACCAACUUCUUGCAGCAUGCUCAAGCAAUGGGAGACAUAGAGUACUCCCCUCCUGAAGUCAUCCCUCAAGCCUUUGAUCCUCUCACUCCACCUCUGAGACAGUCUGUCAAGAUCGAUGUGUACAGCUACGGCAUUGUCCUCUGUGAGGUGACCGCUAGUCGAUUCCCAAGUGCUGAACAUUAUCGAGACAUGAUUCUCCAAGUACAGAGGCAGCGUCCUGCAGUGUACGAGCUGAUACUCCACUGCACUAAGAGAGAGCCCAGCCAUCGACCCAGCAUGGCACAGGUGAUGAUGGAACUGAACAAAAUAGCACCCUUUUAACGUUGGUGGUUUUGUUUGUGUUAGUGUGUGUUCCAUGCUGUUUGUAUGCAUUGAACACUAUACUGUACCUUCCUUUCAUUUACUUUUGCAACACAUGCAUAGGUAUAAUUUUGGAUAUUUUUGUGAAUAAAACAGCAUUCCUCAUGCAAACCAUAAUAAUCUGACUAUAAUUUAUAUCAAGUGGC